AUGAUCAAUACUAAGUUUGUUAAAAUCACCUUUUUGAUAGUUUUAUUCAUAAACAUCUUAUUUUUCACUAAGUAUUAUUCAAAACAGGAAGCCAAAUUGCAUGAACAGGCUAUCCAGCAUGUUGCAUCCAUUAAUUAUCACACAGACGAUGAGGUGAAGGUUCCAGAUGACAAGGUUUAUAGUGAAUUGGAAGCCAAGGAAAAGAUUUCACAUCUUUUGGAACAGGUGAAGAAUGAUAAGGAGAAGUAUUGGUUGGCAAACACUGAGAUCUCUGAACCAGACUUGACGAUCAACAUGAAGGAAUUUUUGACUCCAGAUGAGGGCGAACUGAACUUCGCGAACAAGCCAACUUUGUUCUAUGACCCAAGGUUUACGCUUUCGGUAUACUUGAACGAAAUAAAGAAUCAGUUACAGACGAAGAAUCCAAAGAAUGAAAAGACCAAGGACCAUUUGGUUACCGUCCCAUUCGCCUGGUCGGAUUGGGUGGACUUGACUAUGCUUAACGAGGAGUUGAACAAGGAAGAAAGCGAAAGACUCGAUUGUGGUUGGUUGCAGAGUGAAAUCAACAAGCCUACUAAAUACCCAAAUUUCUGUAAAAAUACCAGAGAUUUGACCAGUGAAGAAUUAAGGGAAAUUGGCUUACCAUCGAAGGCAUUCUUACCAGGAUUUGCAGUGAAGUCGUCGCCUAUGAACAAAGCCCCUCCAAAGCAAGUAAUGAUGCAAGGUAAGGCACAUUUAUUGGCUUACCAAGAAAAUCCAUUAUCUAUUAUCUUCUUGACCAAAAAUGGUACAUAUGAGGCCCAAGUUUCUGGAAAGAAGAGAUUAGUUCAUACCGAAAUGUUUGAGCACUUUUUGGAAAGGAAACACAUCAAUGCGAACCACAUUGAUGAUAUGGAAGACCAAACCAUAACACUUAAUCCAAUUGACGAAUUCGGCGAUUUGCAAAGUGCCAUUAAACCUAGACCUCUUGAUAUGAAUGACGAUAUGUAUAGGAUGUUUUCCAUUACUAGACAAAAGGAUAAGAAUGCUAGCCGUGAAAUUUAUUUAGAUACUGAAGCAUUCAAUUAUAAUCAAGAACAGGUUGAUGCUCAAAUCGAGGAGUACGAAAGUAGGUUGAAUAUUUUAGAUGAUCUAAUGACAAACGAAUUGCGUUAUGACCCUCGUCAAAUUGAAACAAACAUAUUGAAUAGACAUGAAAUGAAUCAUUAUGAAGGUUUAAAGUAUUCGAACUCUAUUUCUGCUCAAGACGAGCCAACGUAUUAUAAAUUAGCUACUUUGAAGAAAGAUAAAGAAAAUAGAGAUGCUGGAUGGCAUUAUGAAUGGAGGUUUUUCAAUGGUGCUUUGCGUUACUUGAAGGAAGGCUACACCAUGAGGCAAUUAGAAAUUAGAGAGCAAAUCAUUUUGGAUAGAUUAUUGAGGAAUUGGUUUAGAUUUGCUGAAGAAAAGGGAAUUAUCUCAUGGAUAGCUCAUGGUCCAUUAUUAUCCUGGUAUUGGGAUGGUUUAAUGUUCCCAUUUGAUAUUGAUAUUGAUAUCCAAAUGCCAUCUGCCGAAUUGAAUAGGUUGUCUCAAAACUAUAACAUGACUUUGGUCGUUGAAGAUGUUUCUGAAGGCUAUGGAAAAUAUCUUAUUGACUGUGCUACGUUCUUGCAUCAUAGAGAUAGGGCUGCCAAAGAUAAUGUUAUCGAUGCCAGAUUUAUUGAUAUUGAUAGUGGUACUUACAUUGAUAUCACUGGUCUUGGUAAGAAUAAUGAAAAACCCCCAGCAGAGUAUGAUACGUAUAUCAGAAGCAGGCAAUCUAAGGGAGAAGAGGUACAGUUAUACAUGGACCGUCGUAAGCAUUGGUUGAAUUUUGAGAAAAUUAACCCGUUAAGAUAUUCCAUGAUCAGUGGUGUUCCAGCAUAUGUACCAAAUGACAUAAUGGUAAUGUUGAAUUACGAAUACGAUAAGGGUACAACAUCCUAUCACUAUGAUGGUUAUUAUUAUGUUCCCCAAGUUAGAUUAUGGUUGAAGGAAGAACAAUUGACUUUCUUAUUUGAAGAAUCUGCGUAUAAAGAUGGUGACAAAAUCAACCCGGAUAAGUUAACUGGAUUAAUCAAGAAAAUGAAUAUAGAUCACAAGGUAAGAUUGUUAGAAUCAAGCGAUGAUAUUUUGAUAGAAUAUUACUUGACCCAGAAAUACACCUCAUAUCAUGAAAUUGAGAAAAAGUUCAUGUUAAAUCCAUCAUUACAGCAUUCCAUCCUAGACUUGAAAGAAAAGACUGAAUACCAUCAAUUGACUUCAAAGUUCCAUAUGGACAAACCAUUAAGAAAGUCUUUGUUUGAUUACGAAUACCUUGAGCGUGUCAAGCAUAGCGAAUAG